AUGGUCAAGACUAAGAAGUCCGGUGACACCCUCUCCUCGCGCCUGGCGCUUGUGAUGAAGUCUGGCAAGGUUACCAUGGGUACCAAGUCCACCAUGAAGACUCUCCGCUCUGGCAAGGCCAAGCUGGUCCUCAUCUCCGGAAACUGCCCUCCUCUGCGCAAGUCCGAGCUUGAGUACUACGCCAUGCUCGCCAAGACCCCCGUUCACCACUUCAACGGCAACAACAUUGAGCUCGGUACCGCUUGCGGUAAGCUCUUCCGCUGCUCCGCCAUGGCCAUCCUCGAUGCUGGUGACUCCGACAUCCUGAGCCGUGAGGCUUAA